UAUCUGAAGCACUUCGCCGCUGUUGAGUUUUCGCAGGUUAGAAGGAGCAAACGAGUCAGCGAGGAGCUGUUAGUUUUAUAUUCUCAACAGUCCGGAUUAAGGUUUUCAACUGCCAUUUUGUUUCGCCUUAGGGGCAGUGGAAGCUAAAUGGGUAUAUUGUAUUCAGAGCCCAUGUGUCAGGCAGCCUAUGAUGAUGACAUCCGCAAGGUGCAAGAAUUGAUCUCGGCCGAUGCUGGAAAUGUAAAUGUUCAAGAUCAGGGUACUGGAGACACACCAAUCAUAGCUGCCUGCAGACGUGGAAACCUCAGGAUGAUCAAAUACCUUCUAGAUCACAAUGCUAAUGUGUCCAUCAGAAAUAAGAAAGCAAGAACUUGUUUGCACUAUGCUACAAGAAGAACAUUUUCCUUCUUGGACUACCUGAUGAUUGCUAUUUUAAUGCCUAUCCUGUUAAUUGGCUAUCUCAUUAUGGAGCAGAAACUUAGAAAAAAUGUAAAACUGAUGGAGCUCUUGUUGGCCAGUAAGGUAGACAUAAACGCUGUAGACUAUAAAGGGAACACAGGACUUCACUAUGCUUGCCAAAGGAAAAGUCAAAGGAUAAUACCAUUGUUAGUGAAGAAAAAUGCAGAUGUUUCAAUACAGAACAAAAAAAAUGAGACGCCACUAGAUAUUUCAAAGAGACUACAAUUCCACAAAAUUGCUGCAAUGUUAACAAAAUCAAGUUGAAAGGCCAAAAGAGGACAAGACUUGCAGCACCAGUAGGUCCGUCACAAGUUACCAUCUGAGUUUAGGAUGAUUUUGCACCAGGUAUCACAGACAGCUUUUGCACUUUAUCACAAAAAAAUCGGCUACACUUGCUGUUACAAUAAUAGGACUACAUUUCUGAGAUGAAAGAUAUUUCUGAUGUUCCCAUACUGUUUUCUGUUUAAGGGUAUUUGUGAGACACUGUGCUUGAUAAGUUAAUGUUGUUUCUUAUAUUGUACAUUGAUUAAAUAUAAUGUCGUAAACAGUGACAUGGUUUAUUACUGUAAGAUUUGAUUGGUCACAAUUAAAAUAUCUUUCAAAAGGA